AAAAUAACAAUAAUAAAUUUAAUAAUCCUUAAUUCUUGGAAAAAUGGCAUCAACGUCGAAAAAUAGCAGCGCAUUAACAUGCCAAGACUUGUUCUUGCCAGAAUCACUAGUCAGACUCGUCAUUAAGAUUUGUAAAUCGUACAAUAUCUCGAAAUAUGACCAAUUUUCAAUUUUGGACACAUUGAAUUUUGCAUUAUUUAAUGAUUUUAAGGAGUCCUUGAGUAAGGAUGCAUUCAAGGACGAAGAAAAGAUGUAUAUUAUGAUCCUUAACAUAAUCCGGUUGUGUGAAAAGUUCAAUAAUUCAUCAUCCAGUUUUGCAAAGAAAAUUGAUACAAUUUUUAAGGAACUAGGCAUAAAUAAGAAUGUCUACAAUGUAUCAGAACUGGAAUCGUAUAAAAUGAUGGACUAUGAAGUCAAGAAUCCAGUUGUCUUGGAAGCAAUUUAUGAUUUUGUCGAGAACAAUUUGAACAGUAAUGACCAAAAGAAUCAAGUCUUUGAUUUUAGCAACGAUUUGCUUGUCUUGGUUUAUUUAUGGAAAGACAGCAUCUUUAACAGAUUGCUGAAGACGAUGAGCCAUGAAGAUUCGAUAAAAAUCAUCAAGAACCAGAAGUUGCAAGCUGUUGCUGUCUUUUUCGUUGUCCUGAAGAUCCUUAACAACUCUAAGUACAAUGAAAUAUUCGAGAAGAUCACCAAUGAAAUGAAGGAAGAGAUUACAGAAAAGGAAGUGAACCAAUUAUGCGCUGUAAUUUUUGGAUUAAUUCAAAAUAAUAAAUCUGCAUAAGUAUGCAUGACUAGAACUGC